AUGAACGAGGAAUAUCGUCUGCCAUACUUCCAUGGGGCCUUACUAGACGAAGAUGCUAACAAAUUACUUAUAAACGAGGGUGAUUUCCUUCUGCAAUCAAAAUGUGUUGCUAAUAGAACAAGCAAAAAAAUUGUAUUGGCAGUUAAAAGUGGUACAAAAAUAUUACGCAUUGAUAUACAAAAAAUUAACGAAAAAUGUCAAAUAUUUAAUCGAACUUUUGUGAAUAUUGAAGCAAUGAUUUCUUACUACAAAGUAAAUAGAUUAGAAUGUACGAGUGGUGAAAAAGUAAGAUUAAAACGAGCAAUUGCUAAAGGAAAAUUCCAGCUUAAUCAUAGCGAUAUUAAGAUUAUAAAAAAAAUUGGUUGUGGUGCAUACGGAACAGUCUAUAAAGGUUUGCUUCUACGUAACUUAGCUCCAGUAGCUGUGAAACGUAUAGAUUGCUACGAUAAGACAGAAAAAGGUCUGAUUGACUUAAUGAAGGAAGCACGUGUAAUGCAGUUGUACGAUCACAUCAACGUCGUAAAGUUUUUCGGCUUUAUUGUUGAUCGCGCGCCGUAUCUUUUAGUCAUGGAGUACUGUAAGGUAAAUACUGAAAAAAUAUAUUAG